GGCCUACGGCUGGGGGCCGGCGGCGGCGGCGGCGGCGGGGAGCUGGGACGCUAGAAGCCGGGAGCGCGGGGCUCAGUCGGGGGGCGGCGGCGGCGGCGGCUCCGGGGAUGGCGGCGGCUCCGCUGCUGCUGCUGCUGCUGCUCGUGCCCGUUCCGCUGCUGCCGCUGCUGGCCCAGGGGCCCGGGGGGGCGCUGGGGAACCGACAUGCGGUGUACUGGAAUAGCUCCAACCAGCACCUGCGGCGAGAGGGCUACACGGUGCAGGUGAACGUGAACGACUACCUGGAUAUUUACUGCCCGCACUACAACAGCUCGGGGGUGGGCCCCGGGGCGGGCCCGGGCCCCGGCGGCGGGGCGGAGCAGUACGUGCUGUACAUGGUCAGCCGCGCCGGCUACCGCACCUGCAACGCCAGCCAAGGCUUCAAGCGCUGGGAAUGCAACCGACCGCACGCCCCCCACAGCCCCAUCAAGUUCUCGGAGAAGUUCCAGCGCUACAGCGCCUUCUCGCUGGGCUACGAGUUCCACGCCGGCCACGAGUACUACUACAUCUCCACGCCCACCCACAACCUGCACUGGAAGUGUCUGAGGAUGAAAGUGUUCGUCUGCUGCGCCUCCACAUCGCACUCCGGGGAGAAGCCGGUCCCCACUCUCCCCCAGUUCACCAUGGGCCCCAAUGUGAAGAUCAACGUGCUGGAAGACUUUGAGGGAGAAAACCCCCAGGUGCCCAAGCUGGAGAAGAGCAUCAGCGGGACCAGCCCCAAGCGGGAACAUUUGCCCCUGGCGGUGGGCAUCGCCUUCUUCCUUAUGACGCUCUUGGCCUCCUAGCUCUGCCCCCUCGCCGGGGAGAGAUGGGGUAGGGCCUCUCCAUGGAACCCUCCCUGACCGCGGGGCCUGGACCCCUCCACCGAUGACUGGAAGUGGGGUCUGCACCACACAUCUGUGCUCCCCCGCCCUCUCCCCCCUGUAGGGCUCAGCCACGGACCAAGCACAGGGACAGUCUUGGUCCCAGGUGGCCUUGUGGCUCUGGGAAUGUCUGGUACCAAACACAGGGCGUAAAGGGCAGUGCUCAGGUCUCCCUGGCCCCCGGUACCUUCCUCUGACCCCGUCCCGCCAGGAGACCCAUGUGCCCGGGAGCUGGGCAUGGACAAGUGUGCGAGGCACCCCAUCACUCUAAAGGGGCAGAGCUGGGGAGGGGACUAGAUGGGCGAGGGGGUGGCCCGACCGCAGCCCCCUCCCCCGGUUUACAGCAAUAAGCACGUCCUCCUCCCCCCACUCACACCCCCAGGGUUGUGGUUUGGACUGAACCCACGUUUACAAGUAGACCCCCCUGAGGGGUGGGCAGUGGAUAAGGGUGACAAGGGGUGGGCACUGGGCGCCAGGCAGGCAUGUACAGACUCUAUAUCUCUCUAUAUAUAAUGUACAGACAGACAGAAUCCCUCCUCCUCCGCCCCGCCCCUGACAGUCCGACUUCCCCACCCAGCUUCAGACCCCUCCCCACCAGGCUAGGCCCCCCUCUGGGGGACCCGCUGGCCCCUCUUUUGUCUUCUGUGAAGACAGGACCUAUGCAACGCACAGACACUUUUGGAGACCGUGAGACAACGACGCCCCUCCCCCCCAGUCCCCAGCCGGGACCCCAGGCCAGGCCCUGGCCCCACCCACGUGGCCCCGCCCGUCCUCCUGGGCCUUUUUCAAGUGCUUUGGCUGUGACUUUCAUACUCUGCUCUUAGUCUAAAAAAAUAAACGGAAGAUAAAAAUAACCGAGUGUGUGUGAUUUCCAGGGGCCGGCAACCUUCUUUAACCCACAGGUCACAGGCUGGCCUGG